CAACAGCAGACAGUGACGGAGGUGUUGGUUUGGCGGGCUACGCACACUCCUGAUGAUCGACUCUUCAGUGUCUACAACGCCAAGGGUGCUGUAAUAGCCAGCCUCACUUGUCAUCAACUUCACCAGAAAGCCGAGCGUCUGGGCUCUCUGCUUCAGGAAAAAGGCAACGUCAAACCUGGCUCUGUCGUAGCCAUCAUGUUCAUGCCUGGUAUCGAGAUGGUGUGCGCCUUCUAUGCCUGUCUGUACAUAGCCGCAAUUCCGGUUCUUGUGCGUCCACCUCAACAGCCUCGCUCCUCUCUCUUGGGCGUCGGUGGUAGUAGCGCAGGCAAUACCGGAACUUCUACAUCAGGAGGUAGUGGUGGGAGUGGAGGUAUUUUCGGGGGCUCUUCACUAGACCUCUCAGCCAGUCGGUCCUCUCUCGAGCCCUCUCCUCCCCCUGCUCAAAUUUGCUUCGCAGACUCUGUCACUAUGGCUUGGAAUGUCGUUUCCUCUUCUCAGGCUGUCGUCUGUCUCACACAAGCCUCAAUCAUCAAACUCAUCAAGUCGAAAGAAGCGGCUAACCGGAUCCCUGUUGUGAAUUGGCCUCUUCUUUUGGAUUAUGAUGAGACUUGGCGAAAGAAGCUGACCACUGUUUACCAACCUCAUUCACCGGAUAUUGAAGUCGCUUAUUUGGAUUUCACUCCCUCUACCACUGGUACACUGACGGGUGUUGAGGUGACUCACUCGGUAGCGAGUGCGUUGUGCCGAGCGCAGAAAAUGCAGUGCGAGUUCUAUCCGGCCCGAGAGUUGGUGUUGAGUCUGGAGCCCUACAGUGGACUCUCGGCCAGUCUCUGGCUUCUCACUUCCAUCUAUUGUGGCCAUCACUCCAUUCUUGUGCCUCCACAUGUCACCGAGGUCGCACCAGAUCUCUGGCUUACUCUUUGCUCUCAGAGGAGAAUUCGUGAGGCCUUCUGUUCUUAUGCAACAAUCAAGUUGGCAACAAUUUACUCUUCAAAAAUGAUCUCUUCUAUGAAGUUGAAGGAAGUGACUUUGGAAAACUUGCGAAGUUUAGUCAUUGUGUCAGAAGAACGACCUCGAGUUAAUCUAACCUCUCUCUUCACGAAGAUGUUCGCUGCAGUCAACCUCAACCCCCGAGUUGUUAGUACAUCCUUUGGAUGCCGAGCUAAUCUUGCCAUGUGUUUACAGUGUCAACGUCCGGAGUAA